GAUUCUGAUAGAGAUCUCCCACUCCUUCUCUAUAUUUAGCAUCUCACUUUUACAACACAUUUCACAACUCUCCUCUUCUGCUAAGCUCUACAGCCCAGCAUCUCUUCUCCUCUUUCCCCACUCAUAUCAAUUUAUAUGGAAAGUGGAAAGGAUCGUGGAAAUGAGAAAAAGAAGAGCAUAAUAUUGCUCGGACCAUGGGGUGGAAAUGGUGGGACCAGCUGGGACGAUGGGACCUACCAUGGUGUGAGAGAAAUCACGCUUGUUUAUGACCGUUGCAUCGACUCGAUCCGUGUGGUCUACGAUAAGAACGGGAAGCCCGUCACAGCAGAAAAGCACGGAGGCAUCGGAGGCAAUCAAACGGCCGAGAUUAAGCUGCAAUGCCCAGAGGAGUUCCUAGUGAGUGUGAGCGGCCACUAUUGCCCGGUGGUGCACGGCGGCGGCCCGGUGAUCCGAUCACUCACAUUCAAGAGCAACAGAAGAACAUUUGGGCCGUACGGAGUGGAAGAAGGGACGCCGUUCACUUUUUCGAUGGACGGAGGAAUAAUCGUUGGCCUCAGUGGGAGAAGCGGUUGGCAUCUGGACGCCAUCGGAUUCCGUUUAUCCCGUCUCCAAACAACAAAACUCUUCCAAAGGUUUCAGAAGGGUCUUCAAAAGCUCACCAGCUCUGUUUCUAAACCUUCCGCCUCCAAGGACGGUGAAUAUAAAGUUUACACCUAAAGCGCCGGCGGUGCUUAAAAUUAAUAAAGGAAACUUUGCUUUUAACCCCUAUUAACUUUUACUAUUUUGUAAUUACUUUUUUAAAUUUAAAAACUCUCACUUUAGUAUUUUAAACUUUCAAUUAUUUGC